CCAGUUAGUCUCGCACCGCCCGCAUGGCCCGUUCAAGAUGGCAACCAAGCGCGAUCUGAGGUGGCCACGGCGGUUGCUGUGGGGGUUGUGGCUGGCCCGGGGCGCUCCACAGAGCCCGGGUUCCGGCCUGAGCCUAGAAGGGAGGACUUAUUCCCAGGGCGACGGCCCAUACUCGCGCACGGCGCUCUAUGAACUGCUCGGCGUGCCCACCACAGCCACGCAGGCGCAAAUCAAGGCGGCCUACUACCGGCAGAGCUUCCUCUACCACCCGGACCGCAACUCGGGGAGCGCCGAGGCUGCCGAGCGCUUCACGCGCAUCUCCCAGGCCUACGUGGUGCUGGGCAGUGCCACGCUGCGUCGCAAGUAUGACCGCGGCCUGCUCAGCGACGAGGACCUGCGCGGACCUGGCGUGCGGCCCCCCAAGGCGCCGGUCCGCGACACCGGCUCGCCCCGCCCCCCGCCCCCUGCGUCUCAGGCCCACGGCCGCGGUCAGGCCACCGCGGGCGGCAACCGCACCAUGUUCGACUUUGACGCCUUCUACCAAGCUCACUACGGAGAACAGCUGGAGCGUGAACGGCGCCUCAGGGCCCGGCGAGAGGCCCUACGCAAACAGCAGGAGGACCGGGCCAAGAAGGGCUUCCACUGGGACGAUACCCGAGACGCGACCUUUGUCUUCCUUCUCCUCACGGUCUUCAUCAUCAUGGGCUUUCGUUUUUAAAAGGAGAGAGGAAGAAAGGGAGCAGCCCCCCGCCAGCCCCGAGAAAAUGGCCUUUCCGGUGUUCUUGAACCCUUUGCCUUCCAUAGUCUACCUCUGCGGGGGUCCGGAGAAACUGCUCUCCCCCUCCUGUUCCCCGCCCGCCCAGCUUAGCCGUUCACGUACGCUUCCCUCCCCUACGGUCCAGAAAAGAAGGCUUCUCGAUGCCCAAGAAAGAGGCCCCAAGAAGAAGAGUCCCAAAAGCCCGAGAGUGAAGGGUUUUCUGGAGUCCCUUGGGUGCCUGCUUCCAGAGGUUGCCUUCCUGAUGUCAGCUUCUGGAACACUUGCUCGGGCUUUAUUGUAAAGCUCUGAGCAACAGUUGUCUGCUCCUGCCCCGCGCUUGUACCGUGGGGCUCCUGUGUAACCUUGAACCGUGCAAUGUGACCAAUUGUUGGCUGCCAAAAGAAAAAUUGUGGGGUUGUACGAACCUUGUCUUUCUGUGAGUUCCCCAGCCACAGGUGAGACCUGACGUAAGACUGUGAUCUUUGGAAACCUUGCCAUUCUUGUAUGAUCAGCCCCAGACCCCACUCCCUUUUCUGUUGAUGGCAUGUGGGAGUGGGGGAGCAAGGUCAUGGAGCAUAAGGAAUUGAGUGUUCCUGUGCCCACACUUAUCUAAUGUGUAUGACCUUGGAGAAAUUACUCUGUGGGCAUGACAGCAGAGGAACAAAUCAUUUGCUCUCUUGAGGCCUGUCACACUUUAUUAUCUACAGUUCUAAUGGGCUCAUUGAUUAAAACAUGAUGUGAUAGAGUUAGGUUUAUCCUUGGGACAGUCAGUAUGCCUGUCUCUUGGUCAUUCCUUUGCCAGCCAGCCCCAUUGCUAACUGUGCAGCCCAUCCCCUCCCAGAGAUAGAGCGGCCAGCUGGGACGCUGAGUCGCUUGAAUGUGGCCUGCCCUCUUGUUUAGCCCCACAAGCCAAGUCCUUGAAACCUGGCUGCUUGAGUUUAGGGUAUAUGGUAGUACAAGGGACAAGAGGCUUGUGGUGGAAACAAAUUUCUUUAUUCAGAGCUGGCUGAGGCUUUCUCUCUGUCCCUCUCUCUCUCUCUCUGUUUUGUUUUGUUUUUUUAAUAUUUAUUUUAAGAGCACAUGUGUGAGCCGGGGAGAGGGGCAGAGAGAGAGGGAGAGAAAAUCUUAAGCAGGCUCCAUGUUCAGCCCGGAGCCCAAUGUGGGGCUCCAUCCCAGGACUGUGAAAUCAUGAUCUUAGCCAAAGUCAGGAGUCAGACGGUUAACCCACUGAGCCACCCAGGCACUCCUCUCUCUCUUUCUAAGCAGUUGGUCAUCGCUUGGCAAGAGCUGUAGAAGUCAGGCUGUCAACUCUGAGUCCCUGCGCGUGGUACAUGUAUUGGCUGUAAGAUUUUAGGUGCUUAAGCAUUAAUGCAUGGGGCCUAAGUGUAAAGCUGCGAGCUGGGGAAGCCUUUACAAGAGAGAUCUACCACAAGGGUGAGGACAGAAGUGAGCGUAGGUUCUAAACAAAGCCAGAGGUGCUUGGGUAUAUGAGUAAGAAAUCCUGCAUUCAGUCUUUCAUGUGAAAUCCUUGUAAUUAGGAUAAGCCCACAGCUAGUUCAAACUGGUGUCUUGGAAACCAUUUGAUUCCCUCCAGCCUUGGAGGUCAGGGGCUGCAGUGACUGUACGAUUCAGUGGUAAGGAUUUGAGCCUGCUUGGAUUCAGGCUUGGUGAGCUCAGCUAGCCUUGGUUUGGGGGGAGGGGUGUAUGUACUUUUGAAAAGAACAUUUAAUGUUAUUAUGUUUCAUAUUUGGAAAACAAGUUCUUUUCGAAAUCCAAACAACAAGUAGUGUUAAGCUUAGCAAAAUGCACAGAAACUAGUGAUUCUCAGCCAAGCUGUUGGCAUUAUUUGGGGCAAGGUUCUAUCAAAGUUUCUAUCAAAAAGGAUUGGGGUUGUUUUGGGUUGGUUUAUAAAAGCACCCGUGGUCUGUAAAUUGCUGGGCCCUUUCUCAUGGGCUCCUUAACGUAGACCUCAAGUUUGUUUUCUCUCGGUGAACAUUCCCUGGGGCUCCAGAACAUGGAGAAGCAUAGAAAGUUACAGAAGACUGGAGGAAGGGGCAGACCUGUGGAACUUCUGGAACAUUCCAUGCAACUCUGAGCAGGGUAGUCAAUAAAGUUUGUUAAUCAUCCAA